AUGAAACCUUUCUCAACACAACAUGAAGAAUUGAUACAUGACGUUUCAUAUGAUUUUUAUGGUAAACAAAUAGCUACAUGUUCAUCUGAUCAACAUAUCAAAAUAUUUGAUCUUGAUUCAAACUCAAAUGAAUGGGUCUUAAACGACUCAUGGAAGGCUCAUCAUGCUUCAAUAGUUAAAAUAGAUUGGUCUUCACCGGAAUUUGGGAAAAUUAUUGCUUCAAUUUCACAUGAUAAAACUGUUAAAAUUUGGGAAGAAGAUUUAGAUGAACAAAGAAAUUCUGGUCGUCGUUGGAAACAUUUAGCUACUUUAAAUGAUUCAAGAGGUCCACUUUAUGAUGUUGCUUUUGCUCCAAGUCAUUUAGGUUUAAGAUUAAGUACAAUUGGUAGUGAUGGUGUAUUAAGAAUUUAUGAUGCUAUGGAACCUGCAGAUUUAAGAUCUUGGACUUUAACUUCCGAAGUUUCUGUAUUAAGUGUUCCUCCUGCUUCAAAUUUACAAUCUGAUUUUGCAUUGGCUUGGUGUACUUCAAGAUUUUCACCUGAAAAAAUUGUUGUUUGUGCCUUAGAUCAAGGUUUUAUUUAUCAUCGUAAUGCAUCAGGGAAAUUAGUACAAGCAACUACAUUACCUGAUCAUCAAGGUCUUAUUAGAGAUGUUGCAUGGGCUCCAUCAAUGGGGAGAUUUUAUCAAUUAUUAGCAACAGCAUGUAAAGAUGGUAAAAUUAGAAUUUUUAAAUUAACUGAAAGAUUAACAAAUAAUUCAAAUUUUAAAAAUCAAAAAAAAAUUAUUAAUAAUGAUUAUAACGAUGAAGAUGAUGAAGAAGAAGAUAAUGAAUCAAAUGUAGAGAUUCAAGUGGAAUUAAUAAGUGAACAUGAUGAUCAUCAUGGUGAAACUUGGUCUGUUUCUUGGAAUUUAACAGGUACUAUAUUAAGUAGUUCUGGUGAUGAUGGGAAAAUAAGGUUAUGGAAAGCUUCUUAUUCAAAUGAAUUCCAAUGUCUCUCUGUUAUAUCUGCUGAACAAAAGGAAAUUGUAUGA